UUUGUGGGUACCGGGUGCGGUGGCGUAAAGCGCAGGCGGCGAAGGGAAAGGAGCUGCGGGUCAUUGAACAAUGUCAGACACAUGGGAGAGGACUGCAGACCGAACGGUAUUCGUGGGAAAUUUAGAGACUAGGGUGCGAGAAGAGAUACUUUAUGAACUAUUUCUGCAGGCCGGACCAUUAACCAGAGUGACCAUAUGUAAGGAUAAAGAAGGAAAACCCAAACCUUUUGGAUUUGUCUGUUUUAAACAUCAAGAAUCAGUAUCCUAUGCUAUAGCUUUGUUAAAUGGAAUUCGUUUAUAUGGUAGACCAAUUAAUGUGCAAUAUAGAUUUGGGAGUUCCCAUUCAGCUGAGUUGAAUAACCAAGUUGCUGAGAACUAUGUUAACAUAAAUUCACAAAUUUACAGAAAUGAAGACUAUUUGUCAAGAGCAUUUCCCAUACAAACUUUUACAGCAAAUGAUGUUAACUUUACUCAGGAAUUUGGCUCUCACAAUAUGCAACAUCCUAUAUACAAUUUGAUGGCACAACCUUCAAAAUGCCAGAUGACACCACCACUAACUUCAAGCUUUUCUCUAUUAUCCAUGCUAAAUCCUCUUUCAGAUUUGGAUGCUAGAUCAAGUUCUUUUGAGUUUGUUCACCAACCAACUGACUGGGACUUUUAUCUAAUGAAUAAAAGAAAAUGGCAGCCAGAAACUAGUGAUAGCAGCACAGAAGAUGACAUAGGAAAAGUAAGAGAAUGUAACCAAAAAUACAGGAGGUAUAAGAAGAGAAAAAGAAAUUAACUUGUAUUUAAAUGAAAGAUUUAAUCUAUAUUACACUUGGAAAAAAAAUCACAUUUGUGCAGUUAGAUUAAUUAUGAUUUAUGAUUUAUUUUUAAAUGAAUUAUAUAACCAAUUUUAUAUUGACAUUCAAUUUCAUGCUUUGAAUUAAGAAAAAUUACAAAUGAUAUAUCAACAUACUUGUCUUCUAUUUUUAGGGGUUACAACAGCCUCACCUAAAAAUAUACUGUAUUCAAGGUAAUGGUUUCUACUAAGCCAACCAAAAAAAUAUUUAUGGAAUAUCUUCCAUAUAUAAGGCACCAUAUAUUAGUCAAUCCAUGCUCACUACCUAAUUCUCCUUGUCAUCAAUAAAUCAUAGCUAUAAGAACAGUGGUUUUUUUCAUGUAGCAAACUAAUACAAGGGUUUAAAAAAUGCAUUUUUCCUAAUAAAUAAAUAGGUUUUAUUCACCUCCCUUAUACUUUUCAUAAUUACUGUGUUCUUUGAUUCAAACUUUGUGUUAUGGAUUUUUAAGGUAUUUGAGAUAGGUUCUAAUGAAAGAAGUCACAAAACUGCUUAAGACUAAUUGUUACAAAAUUGCUUACCAGUUGUCUUGGCUUGUGGGAAUAAAUUUAUGUAUUAUCAAUUGUAUAUGCCUGAAUUAUAUAGAAACAAUUGAAUUUCCAUCUUUGUCUUUUAUUACUAAAUCACAUGCAAAUUAUCUUCCUAUUAUAGUGUAUCAGUCUUAACUUUGCUAGCAUUUAGAGUAAAUUUGUUUUAAAUUUAUUCAGUCUUAAUAACCUAAAUUCAUAUUAAGUGAACUUAAUAUUUUUUCAGUCUAUUCAAGUUUGAUAUUUCUCUAAAUUUUUUUUGCAACUCAGAUUAUUAUAGAAUUGAUAUUUCAAGAUAAAUCAGCAAGUAUUUAUUUUGGGAUAAGAUAUUAUGCCAUUAGGAACAUGAAAUAAUUUAUUAAGCAAUAAUUAACAAAAUUAAUCAUAAUUUAUGAUAAAUUAUAAUUAUUGUAUAAUUUUCAAAUUGUAUUUUUAUCAGAUUAAUUACAUAGCUACAUCAGAGAUCCAGAUAAAGAAUUAUUUUUUAUUUGCCAAAAUUAAUUGAAAUAGAUUUGUAUGAAAUUAUUGAGAUUACUCUCUUCAGAUCAAGAGACUAAUCAUUAAUAUUUAAGAAUUUUUCUUUUAUCAUGUUGUCCUAAGACAAUCAUUUCCCUGAAACAUGAAAUAAGUACAUUUAAAUUUAAAUUUAUAUAAUCAAAAAGUUACAAAUAAUUUUCUGGUGGCCAGAUUAAACAGAGGAUAGAUCUCAGUACUCACAGUGAGGAACACUUGAAUUCAAAUCCUGCUUCAGACAGUGGAUAUGUGAUAUUUAGGUAAGUCACUUACCUCUACAUCCUGAAUUGUAAAAGGAGGAAAAUAAUAGUACCUACUUUUCAGACUAUUGUGAGGAGUCAAUUAGUUAAGCUCUGUAAAACACUUAGCAAAGAUUAAAGUAUUAUGUAAAUGCUAGCUAUUAGUGUUGGGUUAUUAUUACUACAAAAAAGUUUUAAUUAUAUUUGUGAAUGGUAUGGCAUUUUUAAAUAUCAUGAAAAUUUAAAAUAUUGGAAAUGUGUAGAAAUUAAGUGUGGCUUUUUUUUUUUUGUUAUAGAGAACUCUUACAUAAGGAAAUUCCUUCUACCAAUAUAGAUUGGCACAGUCUUUGCAGUUUAUAAUCUUGGGCAGUUAAAAUUGUCUAAAACACUAAAAAUGUAUUUUGUUCUAAGUGACUUGCCCAAGAUCAUGUAGUCAGUACAACCAAUUGUAUUAGAGAGAGGAAUUUAACCUAGAGCUUCCUGGCUGAUUUUCAAUAAUGUAUAAUAUGAUUUAUUCUUUAUUCGUUAUGCAAACUG